GCGGCUCCCGACUGGAGCUGGACAGCGGCGCGCGGGGGCGAGGACGGCAGAUGCGCGUUUUUUCUCAGCAGAUGGGUUCCGAUUGGAUGAAACAAAUAGAAGGGGUGGGAACCUCCGCAGAAACAGCCCAGCGAUUGGCCAUAGACUGGAAGGAACGUGAGCGUGGGAGGCGGGGCAUUGGGAUCCUGGGGCACCCCGGGAUGUUGAGGUGGAGGCGGCGGCCUUGAACGAGUUGAACUAGCGAUUCUUGGAUCCCCCCUGCAUCCGGACAGGAGGCCGGGAACUCCGAGGGCUUCCGAAAGCCCCGAGGAGGCGUCGGAUGAGGUUGCCUCCUACCGGCUUAGGGAACUUGGAAAUUCCUUUCUCCAGCAGCCUCACAGAGGGGAAACUGAGGUCCUGGGCAGGGCGAGCCCUUCCUCACCGGCGUUUCCAUACAGUCGCCAUGGCCGAGCCCCUGAAGGAGGAAGACGGCGAGGAUGGCUCUGGGGAGCCCCCAGGGCCGGUGAAGGCGGAACCCGCCAAUACCGCUGCUUCUGUAGCGGCCAAGAAUCUGGCCCUGCUUAAAGCCCGCUCCUUCGAUGUGACCUUUGACGUGGGGGACGAGUACGAGAUCAUAGAGACCAUAGGCAACGGAGCCUACGGGGUGGUGUCCUCUGCACGCCGUCGUCUCACGGGCCAGCAGGUGGCCAUUAAGAAGAUCCCUAAUGCCUUUGAUGUGGUGACCAAUGCCAAGCGGACCCUCAGGGAGCUGAAGAUCCUCAAACACUUCAAGCAUGACAAUAUCAUCGCCAUCAAGGACAUCCUGAGGCCCACUGUGCCCUAUGGCGAGUUCAAAUCAGUUUAUGUGGUCCUGGACCUGAUGGAAAGCGACCUGCACCAGAUCAUCCACUCCUCACAGCCUCUCACAUUGGAGCAUGUGCGCUACUUCCUUUACCAGCUGCUGCGGGGCCUCAAGUACAUGCACUCAGCUCAGGUCAUCCACCGUGACCUCAAGCCCUCUAACUUGUUGGUGAAUGAGAACUGUGAACUCAAGAUCGGUGACUUUGGCAUGGCACGGGGCCUGUGCACCUCGCCUGCUGAGCACCAGUACUUCAUGACUGAAUAUGUGGCCACACGCUGGUACCGUGCCCCUGAGCUCAUGCUCUCACUGCACGAAUACACGCAGGCUAUUGACCUGUGGUCUGUGGGGUGCAUCUUCGGUGAAAUGCUGGCCAGGCGCCAGCUCUUCCCAGGCAAAAACUAUGUGCACCAGCUUCAGCUGAUCAUGAUGGUGUUGGGCACCCCCUCACCAGCUGUGAUUCAGGCUGUAGGGGCUGAAAGGGUGCGGGCGUAUAUCCAGAGUCUGCCACCACGCCAGCCUGUGCCGUGGGAGACAGUGUACCCAGGUGCUGACCGCCAAGCCCUCUCAUUGCUGGGGCGAAUGCUGCGUUUUGAGCCCAGUGCCCGUAUCUCAGCAGCUGCUGCCCUUCGCCACCCCUUCCUGGCCAAGUACCAUGACCCUGAUGAUGAGCCUGACUGUGCCCCGCCCUUUGACUUUGCCUUUGACCGAGAAGCCCUUACCCGGGAGCGGAUUAAGGAAGCCAUUGUGGCUGAGAUUGAGGACUUUCAUGCACGGCGCGAGGGCAUUCGCCAGCAGAUACGCUUCCAGCCUUCUCUGCAGCCUGUGGCCAGUGAGCCUAGCUGCCCCGACAUUGAGAUGCCCAGUUCCUGGGCUUCUGGCGGGGACUGUGCCAUGGAGUCACCUCCACCAGCCCCACUGCCGUGCCCUGACCCUGUGCCUUACACCAUUGAUAUGGCCCUGCAGCCACUCGCCCCGCUGACCAGUGAACCAACCCCUCCGAAGAGGGAGGGUGCCAUCUCAGACAACACCAAGGCGGCCCUCAAAGCUGCCCUGCUCAAGUCUUUGCGGAGCCGGCUCAGAGAUGGUCCCAGUGCCCCCAUAGAAGCACCUGAGCCUCGGAAGCCAGUGACAGCCCAGGAGCGCCAGCGGGAGCGGGAAGAGAAGAGGCGGCGGCGGCAGGAGCGAGCAAAGGAGCGGGAAAAGAGGCGGCAGGAGCGGGAGCGCAAGGAGCGAGGGACUGGGACCUCUGGGGGCCCCUCCACUGAUCCCUUGGCUGGGCUGGUGCUCAGUGACAAUGAUCGCAGCUUGUUGGCACGCUGGACUCGAAUGGCCCAGCCCCCAGCCCCCACCCUUGCACCAGCCCCUGUCCUAGUAACAACACCUCCUCCAGCCCAACCCACCAGUCCUCCCGCUGGCCCUGUAGCUCAGCCCACUCGACACCCACUGCCACCUGCAGGCUCCACCCCGGGUCCUGCACCACAGUCUGCCUGCCCUACCCCUGGCCCUGCUCCCCAUCCUUCUGGCAUUCCUGGGUCCAUUCCUGGCCCUGCUCCACUCCAAACCACCACCACCUCCAGCCUCCUAACUCCCCAGUCACUUAUGCCACCCCCUGGGAUGCCUGGUUCCAGCACCCUGGGUGUUCUGCCUUAUUUCCCGUCUGGCCCACCCCCUCCGGACCCUACCCCUCCGGACCCUAGGGGGACCACUCAGCCCUCCACCUCAGAGUCACCUGAUGUCAACCUGGUGACCCAGCAGCUGUCCAAGUCUCAGGUGGAGGACCCCUUGCCCCCUGUGUUCUCAGGCACUCCAAAGGGCAGUGGGGCUGGCUACGGUGUUGGCUUUGACCUGGAGGAAUUCCUGAACCAGUCUUUUGAUAUGGGCAUGGCUGACGGGCCACAGGAUGGCCAGACGGACUCAGCCUCACUCUCAGCCUCCCUGCUUGCUGACUGGCUCGAGGGCCAUGGCAUGAAUCCUUCCGACAUUGAGUCUCUGCAGCGUGAGAUCCAGAUGGAUUCCCCGAUGCUGCUGGCUGACCUGCCUGACCUCCAGUAGCCCUGAGGCCCAUGGCCUGGGCCUUGCUGCCAGGGGAAGACCCAGCCCAAGGCCUGCAGGAGCGAUCUCCAGGACUGGAGCUUUGGGCCCAGCAGGGGAGGCUCAGCUUGGGAUUAUUCUGCAGCUUCAUCUCAGACCCACCCUGCAGCCUUAAGUAGCCACCUGAGCCACUACCAAGCCAUGAGAAGAUCAGGACAUCCCUGUUCUCCAGGCGAUCCUUUUCAUUAUUAUAUUUUUAUUAUAUAGUUUUAUUAUUAGUCAUUCUUGUUGCCAUCAAAAUGAGGCCUGCAAAAUGCAAGUUUUCCUCUAUUGCCUAACUCCAGGUAUUUUUUGGAGCAAAG